UAAUAAAGAAUUGUUCAACUAGGAUGGAAUUGGGAUGUGAGAGCUGACUGCGUGACGUAACGAAGCGUGAAGUAGGAUUGUAGUCGAUCUUUAUCCAUACUAAGUUUUAGUCCGAAAUGAUUCACUUCACAAACUAAAACGCUGCGUUGAGGCUCAAAAUCCGUGUAAGCAGAGGGCAUUCUGUCAUUCGGAAGGAACACGAUAAUGGAGAAGUGGAGAAUUACCCAUCGUCUCCUCAGAUAUUCAUCGAAUCUACUCGUCGAUCGUUCAUCAAACUGUAGUGCGUCUCCUAUUUCAGCUUUCCGCUUUGCUUCAGAUUACAGAGAAAAUUUUGUAAAAAGAGGUCUUAGGAAUGCAAGCUCGAUACAGUACAGAUUUUUUGGUUCUGUCGCUACUGAAAUUCAGCGAAACACGUGGUUUUCGACUUUGAAUUUGGAUGAUAUCAGCUAUUUCAAAGAAAUAUUAGGUGAAAAAAAUGUCAUACAGGAUCCGGAUGUGUUGCUUGAUGCGAAUACAGAUUGGAUGAGAAAAUAUAAAGGUUCUAGUAAGCUUAUGCUCCAACCUAGGACCACUAGUGAGGUAUCUCAGAUUCUUAAGUACUGUAAUUCCAGGCGCUUGGCUGUUGUUCCUCAAGGCGGAAAGACUGGUCUAGUUGGUGGAAGUGUUCCUGUUUUUGACGAGGUGAUUAUCAAUGUUGGCUCAAUGAAUAAUAUCAUUGCUUUUGACAAGGUCAGCGGUAUACUGGUAUGUGAAGCAGGGUGCAUUUUGGAGAAUCUGAUUUCUUUCCUAGACGACCAAGGAUUUAUUAUGCCUCUGGACUUGGGUGCAAAAGGAAGCUGCCAAAUUGGUGGAAAUGUUUCAACUAAUGCUGGUGGAUUGCGCCUUGUCCGUUAUGGUUCACUACAUGGAAAUGUACUUGGUCUUGAAGCUGUUUUAGCAAAUGGUGAUGUGAUUGACAUGCUUGGGACUUUACGUAAAGAUAAUACUGGGUACGACUUGAAGCAUUUAUUCAUUGGAAGUGAAGGAUCAUUGGGCAUUGUAACCAAAGUUUCCAUACUUACCCCUCCAAAGCUAUCCUCAGUAAAUUUGGCUUUUCUUGCAUGCAAAGAUUACUUCAGCUGCCAGAAACUUCUACUUGAAGCAAAGAGGAAACUCGGGGAAGUUUUGUCUGCAUUUGAAUUUUUGGAUAAGCAAACGAUGGAUUUGGUCUUAAACCAUCUGGAAGGUGCCCGGAAUCCAUUACCUUCCUCAAUGCACAACUUCUAUGUUUUGAUUGAGACAACAGGCAGUGACGAGUCUUAUGAUAGAGAAAAGCUUGAGGCGUUCCUACUUCGUUCCAUGGAGGAUGGAUUGGUUUCUGAUGGUGUUAUUGCACAAGACAUAAAUCAAGCAUCUUCAUUUUGGAGAAUACGUGAGGGUGUGGCAGAAGCAUUGAUGAAAGCAGGGGCUGUUUACAAAUAUGAUUUAUCAUUACCUCUUGAAAAGAUGUAUGAUCUUGUUGAGGAAAUGCGAAUAAGACUUGGUCAGACAGCCAAAGUAAUAGGUUAUGGCCACCUUGGUGACGGUAAUUUGCAUCUUAAUAUUUCAGCACCUCAGUACAAUGAUGCGAUUUUUGCACAAAUUGAACCUUAUGUAUAUGAAUGGACAUCGAACCAUCGUGGGAGUAUUAGUGCUGAGCAUGGUCUGGGACUUGUGAAAGCCAAUAAGAUUUACUAUAGCAAAUCACCUGAAACUGUGCAUCUGAUGGGCUCGAUCAAAAAGUUGCUAGAUCCAAAUGGGAUACUCAACCCAUAUAAAGUUCUUCCACACUCACUCAAUUCUUACCACUGAGUACCCAGAAUGCUUGUUGGGAAAGAAGGCCUAUGAUUGGUAGUGACACGCAAAGGAAUUGUGAAAGGGAAAAAAAUUUACCAAGUUCGAUCUGUAAACAAGGAUACAAUCUUUUGAUUUCCCAAGGGAAAUUGAAUGUAGAUAAACAAAUAAGGUAGAAACAUGCAAUCCCUUCCAUCAAUCCAUGCAUCAACACUGUUAUAAAUCAUGGGGCACUUUCUUUGACAUUGAAGUUAUCUUGUGAAUUUGUGUUAUUAUAUCUAAUUUAAAAUCACUCAAUCAUUCAAUGAUA